AAAAUUACACGUUUUCACGUACAUUCGGUACGCUAUGAACAUCAACGUUCUUGGAUGUAACGGGUGGUUCGCAAGUAGACGUUCAGCGACAAACUAGAGGAUGUUCGCCAGGCUCUGCAGGCAGGCUCCAAAUGGGGACCUGAAGAGGCGACACUCGUGGAGCAGUGAGGUCGACUACCAACCGGCGGAAACGGAAGCCGUAGCGACACCGGGUGUAGAUCCCGCUGGCCUAUCCUCGGACGACGAGGACAGAGGCUCGUACAAGGAACAUGGCUGUUCGGUGCAGACGGUGGACCUGGUGGCGGACUGUCCUUUGCAGGUAGUGACACCUACGUCGAGGUCGCCGUCACCACCCAGAUCGCCGACGCCCGCGACGCCCGCGACGCCCUCGACGCCCCUCGCGCCGCCGAGGAGCAUGGGGCAACGGCCAAGCACCCUCUUACGCCCCAAAAUCUCUUUGACCUGGGUACUCCGCGGGCAACAGCAACCUGCUUCCAACAACAGUCAUUCGGCAGCCAAUGGGAACGCAGGUGGGAACGGCGAUCGAGAGGGCUUGUCACGAGACAGCAAGGAAAGAUCCUCGAAGAGGAGUGUGAAAAGUGUGAAAGAAAAAGACGGUGGAAAGGAGAAUGUGGACACGGAGAAGCGAGAAAAGAAGGUACUGCAGAGAAUAGAGAAGAUCGAGAGGACGGAAAAGCCCAUCAGCAAGGAGGCACUGGUCAAUGAAAGAUCGCUAGACAGUCCCCUGGAGAAGCAGUCCGAAAAGGAAUUUUCAGGGCUGAAGGAGGCGAAGGAGAAGGAGAAAGUUAAGAGGGCAGUGUCCGAACCGUCUCUUGUAUCUCGUGAGUCAACGUCCACGCCUAGUGGCCGAGAGAAACACAGACAUCGAAGAACCAAACGAUCUCACAAGCCGAGACCUCCGAGUAGAUUUGGCUAUGAAAUUGCAGACCUUGAUGCAUACCUCACCAAAGCCUCGAUAGAGAAACCUGCCAACAUUCCUGUUGUCCUCUCCUUUCCAUCCGUCCUGUACCAGACCCAAGGCGGUACUCAAGACGAGAUGGCCCUUCCUCUUGGAACAGUCGUAAACGCGGUCUUCAAGAAUCAGACCUGGCUGUACGUUCAAACACCGCACGGCCAGGAAGGCUACGUUGGAUAUGCCGCUUGUCUACCAUUAGGGAUAUUACCACAACCAACGAGAGGACCAUGUUGGGAGGACUCUACGGACGUAUUUCCUCGUCCUCUAGGGAACAUGACAGACACGGAAAAACUGAGAGAUACCCGGUCAGAGUGUGGUGCUCGAGGAAGAAAUCCAAGGGUAAGACGAGGUUCUAGGGAUGCAGUGUCAGCCUGUGGAGAACGCAGCGUCGAUAGACUGUACCUUAGGGCUGCGGCAAACGCUAGAACCAAAGGAUCCCGGCACACUUUGCUCGUCAUACGCAGCGACUAUGAGGGUCAAGGUGGGAAUGCUUUGACAGUCUCCAAGGGCGAUGUAGUUGCACUACUAAGCGAUCACGUUAGCGAUUGGUUCUGGGUCCGUUCGCGAGACGGCAGAGAAGGCUUUAUACCUGCAGUGAUCGCAGGUCACGGCUUCCUGUGACUGUCGCGUUCUUAUGAUUUUCCCAAAAUUAGUUGGCCGCUUAAAACCAUUCGGGAAUAAAUCAUUUACCAUUCUAUCAUCUUGUCACAUCAUCUUUUCACUUCGUUUAAUUUCUUAAUAUCUUUUUUCGGAUAAAAAGCACAGGGCUUUUUAUAGCUAUUAAA